GCCAGCCAGCCAGCCCCAGGUGACCAAAUGGUACGUACGGAGAGCUUCAAAGGGUGAAAACAAGCCAGCGCUCAGUAUUCCAGUAUCACCAUAUGAUAUCAUUGGGACUGCGUUUCACUUUGUAUGUAAAGUGUAUUUUAAGCACUAUAUGAAAGCAAAGCAAAGCAAAGCAAAGCAAAGCAAAGCAAAUGUUGACAGCCAAGGAGAGGUGCUACUUCCAGUCUAUAGCGCAUUUCAAUACAACUCAAGGUGCAAAGACAAGCAGCAUUCAAAUCAUCUUCAAAUAUGCCGCCGAUGAACAGUAUGUCACGUUCUGGAUGACAACAUUCUUCUUAACUCUAUGAUUCAGGUACUGCAUGUGGACAUUUCCCGUACAACCGAUUCUUAGUCAUCUUCUGACACGCACGUUUGUUUGUCUGUGUUUAUCUGCGAGUGCUGUACAAUUCCACUCCAGCGUGGUGACACAACCUUUCCUCUAUUUCCUUAUCUGUUCAUGUUAUUUACUCGUAUAUGAAGAGAGGAAAGGCGAAUCCUCUAAUUCCCUUUGUGUGGAUGUGGAUGUUAUUUAUAUCAAGUCCACAAAGCACCAUCAAGUCUCUACAAGUCAGACGACAGGAAAUGAGCGAAAGCACCUUCGAUAUUUUCAACCGGUGUUCCUUCCAAAAUACUUUCAAAGGUUAGAAACUUGAAUCAUCUCUAGUGAAUUGUUUGACUUCAGCAAUGGAAAUGAGGUGGAGCAGAAAGUCAAGCAGCAUGGUUGUGAAAUCUUGUCACUGGUUACUAAGGUACACACUGUUUGGCGCCAUAAAGAAAGAGUGCAUUUGAACACGUAGCAAUUGCUGCCGAGAGUGGUUGUGCUUGCCCAACGGUAGACGUGACAUUUAGUGGGGCGGCAAGGACGUUUUGUCACACAAGCACCGGGCAUCGGCCCAGGAGCACCGGGCAUCGGCCCAGGAGCUGCACAGCGCCACCACUGCCUCAUGAAUAUCGAGCAAGUGGCAAGUGGGUGGAGACACUUUGGAUAUAAAUGAUCACUGUUUCAAGUGACUUCUUUAUCCAGACUACGAUUCUGGAUUAAGAUGAGCCUCUCAUCAACAACAACAACAACAACAACAACAACAACAACAACAACAGCUUAGAGCAAAACACUGCCUCCAGCCAAUUCUUGCCUAUCAGCUGAAGAGCCAGUGGAAAUGGAAAGCACGCAAGAGUUGAUGGUCUUUGCCAAGGAGAUGCUCCGCCAAAAACCCAGUCGACAUCUGCUCAAGGUCUACCUGAUAGGCUCCGUGUUGGCACUCCUGGGGACUGUCAUGGGACUGCUGGAGAGGGCGUCUCGGCCGUUCUCUUCGGGUGAGCCCACCGACACAGACAUGCUCCUCGGGAUGGCCGAGGAGCCGAGGACCGUUGCCUCCGUGACGCCACGCAAAGUCCAGGUGUGGGCCAAAAAGGAAGAGCGUGAGCAGGACACCAUCCAGAGCAUGACUUUUACCAAGCUCCAAGGAGUCUCAUCUUUGCUGCCAGUAGACUUAAAGUGGCUGCGGCAGGCAUGAUUAAUGUGUUUUCAAAAAGAGGUUGUUGUAAAACAAGCCAUUCACUCAGCCAUCUUGGCUAGUGGAUAGUGCAGGGCCUGCCUGCCUGCCUGCCUGCCUGCCUGCCUGCCUGCCUGCCUGCCUGCCUGCCUGCCUGCCUGCCUGCCUGCCUGCCUGCCUGCCUGCCUGCCUGCCUGCCUGCCUGCCUGCAUGCCUGCCUGCGCGGCUGCCUGCGUGGCUGUCUGCGUGGCUGUCUGCCUGCGUGGCUGCCUGCCUGCCUGCCUUUUAGUCUUGACUUCCCACUUACCAGAUGACUUUUGAGAGACACUCUUAUUGCUAUUUCAUGAUAAAAUCUACAAUGGGCUCCAAAUGUUAACGCCCAAAAAACUCAAGUUGAUCAUUUAUCAUGCGCGCGAGCACGCACGCACACACACACGCACACGCACACACGCACGCACACAUUCUGAAGUAGGCAUUUUUAUUUCUUUCCUCAAGCUGGGUUACAGUGCUUUAAGUGUCUCGCAAAAGAUCAGUAAAGUCAUUAGUGCUCCCACAGUCCGGCUCUCUAGCACAACCAUGAACCCACAAGCUGUACCACUUUAACAGAGGUCAAAGGGUCAGCUAUAGAAAGCCAAAUCAAAGAGACAAUGGGAU